AUUGAUGAACACCUUUUCUCAAAACAUGUUAUCAAGAUGUACUAUUGUUAUUACGAAGGAUGCAACUACAGAUUUCAUAACAAUAGCGGAACCAUUUCAACCGAGAACUUUCCAGAUUAUCAGUAUUGCUCAUGGUCCAUUACUGUCGGUGAAGGCUUUGUUGUUUCUCUUAACUCUAUAUCAAUCAAUAUUCCCAGCUGUUCGGAUGGUAACUACAUUAACUUUUAUGAUGGUUUGGACGAUACUGCACCAUUGAUAAAGAGUCUCUGUAAUGAAACGUCAGAUACAGGGUGGAUUCUUACUUCGGGAAACAAAUUGUUUAUCGCAUUAAAAUCUGGAAAUUCCCGAGAUGUAAACUUUAAUGCAAUCUACUAUGCCACUACAGAUUCUUGUCCAAGUGAGGAAGUCGGUUCGCCCGAAGCGUAUGGAGUCUUCAAGUGGCCUAAAACUUCAGUUGGAAGUCGUUCAACACUCGCUUGUCCUUACAACAACGAGUCGUCUGCGAGCAGAGAAUGUUUGUACGCGCCCGAGACAAGUGUUUGGGGUUCAAUUGUUUUAAAUGAAUGCAACUAUCGAGAAAAACGAAGCAAAGAUAUAUUUCUCUUGGUGCAGAAAAAUGUUACCAGCAAUAACGUCGCGAAAAUCGCAAAACAGAUGAAAAACUUGUCUAUUGCGAAUCCAAAGAUGAGCCUUCAUCCUGGGGACAUUAACAAUAUCGCAACAGUAUUAGAGAAGAUUGUCGGAGUCAAAGAUAAAGCUAAUGAGAUUCUUGAUGAUUUCGCCACCACAAUAGACAAUUUACUUGAUGCUAGUGAAGAGAACAUCAUCGAAAGUCAGUCGUCUUCAAGGGUUGUUAAAGCUCUGAAUAACUUUGCAGAAACAUUGGUUAUCGGCCCAGAAGGCAAACUUCAAAAAGAAACAAAAAAUUUCGCCAUGAAGUUAAAAACAGUUGAAACGCAAAAUUUUAACGGGCUCGAAUAUGGUGGGGUUGAUAUGAAACCUGGAGAAUCUUCCCUAAUCAUUCCCAAAACAAUAUUUAAAGAAUCUGCUGUCACAGAUAAUUCAGGAAACCAGACGGCAAUUUUUGUACUGUACAAAGAAACAAAAUUUUUUAGAGUAUCGUCAGACGACACGACGAGAAAGCUGGGACGCUUGAAUAGUUUGGUUCUUGCUGGAAGUAUCAAAGGUUUAUCAGUUAAGAACUUGAGAAAACCUGUUAAAAUCGCGUUUAAGAGUAUCUCUCGAGGAGACGCCAACAGUACAUUAUGUUCUUACUGGAAUUUUGACCUCGGAAAUUGGUCACAGGAUGGAUGCAGAUUCGAACAAGUUCUUGAUGAUGGCCGAAUGCUUUGUACCUGUGAUCAUUUUACGAAUUUUGCAAUGUUGAUGGAUUGUAAUCCAACCACUGCAAAUAACCGAGUACUCAGUGUUGUUAGUUACGUUGGAUGCGCCUUGUCUUUGGUUGGACUUGCAUCAACAAUCAUAAUGAUAUUAGCAUUGAAGGAACUCCGAAACAAGAUCCCAAGUCAGAUUUUGUUGAACUUCUGCAUUUCAUUAUCAUUAACAUUGAUCGUCUUCAUGGCUGCCGUUGAAAGGUCAAAGACGUCGUCAUUGGUCGGAUGUAUGACAGCCGCAAUAGCGUUGCAUUACUUCAUGUUAGCUGCAUUUGCGUGGAUGGCAGUUGAAGCGUACAAUAUGUAUCUUGCAUUUGUGAAAGUAUUUCCUAAUUCGACUUCCUCCAAGUUUAUUUUGAAGUGCUGUCUAUUUGCCUGGGGUACUCCUGCUGUAAUUGUGUCAAUAACAAUGGCAGCUGCCCUCGAUAAAUAUGGCGACGAGACAUAUUGUCGACUCCAGGGCAUCCCGUUCAUUGUUGCAUUACUCACUCCUGUUGCCUUCAUCCUCGUUGGAAAUACGAUCACCUUUUAUUUCAUUCUUCGAUCAUUGCUCAAAUCCGGCAAAGACGUUACCUCCGAUCUCAAAAGAAGAGGUUUUCAGCAGACUCGACAGGGAAUUGCGAUUAUGGUUCUCCUUGGUUUGACCUGGAUUUUUGGUGUCCUCGCGAUUGACGACGCGAAACUAGCAUUCCAGUAUUUGUUCUGCAUUUUCAAUACCCUCCAAGGGCUUUUCGUGUUCAUCCUGUUUUGCAUCUUGCCCGAUGGAACGAGACGACAAAUCAAAAAAUUCAUCCGAGCAAAAACCACCAUUGCUCGACGUCGUAUGCAACCUCAACCUCAAAAUCCGCAGAGAGAAAACCCGGGUGUAAACAACAUGGCGUUAUCUACGACAGAUUUGACCAAUACUGCUACGCCAGUUCGCUCUACAAGCAAAUCGUCGUGGUCAAGUAAAAAUGUGGCCAGAUACAACGAAUCAAAGUUUGAAUCAGUCACUGUUGAAGUUAAAGUGAAUAAAAUAGUACAGACAUCUGGGGCCAGUUGUUCAAAGCUAGGUUAGCGCU